GAUUGAACCAAACAGAGCCACAUACUUCCCAUUCCAGGAAAACACUCGGUGUGAGUUUGGGCUUGGAGUCUGGAUAUCCUUGUGUUGUUGUCCUGUAGGAGUGCUACCAAAGGGACUGGACACAUUUAUACCUAAGUAAUAUCAGGUGUUUUUGAGAGCAAUACCGUUAUAAUAUCAAGAUGUUCUACACCUGUGGUCCCAACGAGGCAAUGGUGGUCUCAGGAUGUGGCCGCUCACCUCCUCUGAUGAUUGCUGGUGGGAGAGUGUUUGUCUUCCCUUGCAUUCAGCAGAUUCAAAGGAUUACUCUGAAUACCCUCACACUGAAUGUGAAGAGUGACAAGGUCUACACUCGCUAUGGAGUCCCCAUCUCAGUGACUGGAAUCGCACAGGUGAAGAUCCAGGGUGGCAAUAAAGUCAUGUUGGCCGCGGCAUGCCAGAUGUUCCUGGGCAAGUCGGAGAGCCAGAUUGCUCAGAUCGCCCUGGAAACACUGGAGGGCCACCAGAGGGCCAUCAUCGCCCAUCUGACUGUGGAGGAGAUCUAUCAGGACCGUAAGAAGUUCUCUGAGCAGGUGUUCAAGGUCGCCUCUUCUGACCUGGUGAACAUGGGCAUUGGAGUGGUCAGCUACACGCUUAAAGAUGUGCACGACGACCAGGAAUACCUGAACUCCCUGGGCAAAGCCCGUACAGCUCAGGUGCAGAAAGAUGCCCGCAUCGGUCAAGCCCAGUACAAGAGGGACGCAGUCAUCAAGGAGGCCCAUGCUAUGCAGCAGAAGGUGUCUGCUCAGUACAAGAAUGAGAUCGAGAUGGCCAAGGCUCAGAGAGACUUCGAGCUGAAGAAAGCUGCCUAUGACCAGGAGGUCAACACCAAGAAGGCAGAGUCGGAGAUGGCCUAUCAGCUUCAGGUGGCCAAGACCAAGCAGGCCAUCGAGGAGGAGAAGAUGCAGGUGCAGGUGGUGGAGCGCUCUCAGCAGAUCCUGCUGCAGGAGCAGGAGAUCUCCAGGAGGGAGAAGGAGCUGGAGGCCAAGAUCAAGAAGCCCGCCGAGGCCGAGCGCUACCGCCUGGAGAGGCUGGCCGAGGCCACCCGGCUGCAGCUGAUCAUGGAGGCUGAGGCUGAGGCAGAGUCCAUCAGGAUAAAGGGAGAGGCGGAAGCGUUUGCCGUGGAGGCCAAGGGCCGUGCUGAGGCCGAGCAGAUGGCCAAGAAGGCCGAGGCCUUCCAGCAGUACCAGGAGGGAGCCAUGGUGGACAUGCUGCUGGAGAAGAUACCCCUGAUGGCAGAGGAGAUCACCAAGCCCCUGUCGAAGACCCAGAAGCUGACCAUGGUGUCCAGUGGAGGCUCUGAGGUGGGCGCGGCCAAGCUGACGGCAGAGGUGCUGGACAUCAUGACCAGGCUGCCAGAGACCGUGGAGAGACUCACUGGAGUCAGCAUCUCACAGGUUACUGGAAAGAGGGGCUAGAGCCAUGACUGAAGAAGGGCGUGCUAACUAAUCAGCUGAGAUGAUCUUUCUCCUAGUGUUUAUAUGUGUGCAUUUCUGCCUAUCAUUUGGCUGUAGAUAGAGAGCCUAAAUGCUUCAUUUAACUCUGAUAACAUUAUGAAAGCAAAUGUAUGGGACCAUCGGUCUUUUUAUUUCUUAUUGGGCCAUUGUCAAUGUAGUGAAGUCUGGAGAGGAGAGAAAUACAAUAGAAGGAAUAACGAAGAAACAUCUCAUUGUGCUGCCUGAAGAGAAACGUAUUUUACUUGUAUACCUACAAAUAUAUGUAUUAUUAUAUACAUUUACCUUAUUCAUUGCAUAACAAUUCAGAAUGUUGUCAUCUCAUGCAUGUGUAAAGUGUGAUAAUCAACUUCACUGUUGUUGUCAUAGUAAUCAGAUCUUCCAUGGUAAUCUCCACUCCUGUACCUCAGACAGACUCUCACAGAUUUUAAACCCUUGCUACUUUAUAUUUACACGCGUACAGUACAUAUUCAAAAUUGUUAUGCAAGACAAACUGACCAAACCUUCCGUUUUGAUUUUAUUUCCAAGUGCCUGUGUAUGAUGACACUUCAGCGCAGGUUUUCUCUACCAAAGUACUGAGAACAUUGUAGUGAAUGUUCUCAUGAUGGGAUUUAAAUGCAUCAGAUGCGCAAUACAAAGCAUAUGAAAGGUUUCUUGGGGAAUCUCGUAAUCUGUGACAAGUGUUGUGUGGGUUGUGCCUUUGUCUGUGAGCAGCGAGCAAUGUCGCGUCAUAUUGUGACGACAUGUACAUCAUUUCUCAAAGAAGAGUUGGCCUGUGGGGAGAAUGUGUAUAAUGGUGUGAAAUGACUGCUAUGGGUUUUGUUUUUUUUGGCAAAGCAAGUGUAUGUUGGUUAAGUUGUGUGAUGAGCUGGAGAAGGAGAGGUCUUGGUGAUGAUUGCUGUUCAAAAAGAUAGAACAGGAUGUGAGGAAAAGAACACUUUCCUCCUAUAGCCCACUUCCUUUGAAAUCUAGGUCAAACUUUGCCUUUUUCAAACAGCAGUGUCAAGUGGUUUGUGAAGAAAGUGCUCUGAACUUCAAACUUGAAUGCAUGGAUUCCUACUGUAAGUCCUACGUUUGUGGUUUAUUAGUGUUAUUGUCAAAGCUGUUUUUUGAAAAAACGAAUGCCUUUUGAAACCUAAUGCAAUUGCUGUUUACAUGAUUUCUCACCAAGUGCCACAAACUCAACAUCACCCUGUUGAUGCUCCUGAGAUCAUAACCCAAACACAAUGUGCUCUGUUUUUUGUGCAAAUUCUGCUUUUGAAUGGCACUGUGAUUUUUUUUUUUUUUUACUGUUUCAGUAUAAUUCUGGCUUAGCAUUCAUAGUCCCAUUUUGAACUCCAUGUUUUCCUUGGUUUUAUUUCAGUGCUUAAUUUCUUCUGGUGUUCUGUCUUCUGUUUAUUCAUAGUUAAUUUUGUACAUUGCCUGCCAAAAUACUUGGUUGCCUAUCUUCAUACAAAAUGGUGAUUUUUUUGUUUUGUUUUGUUUUGUUGUUGAUGCAAAAUGUUACACUUAUUAUCUUUAUGUCCUAACAAAUAUUCAAUAAAUAUGUGGAGCGAGCUCCACCUCUGCUCUGACAGAC